AUUCUCGAAUACUCGGAGCUUCACCUGUGACCUGAGCAUUGUGGUUGAGACUUGAGAGCUUUAAGAUUCUGUCAAUUUAUUUACAUUUAAAAAAGAAAAAAAUAAUAAAAAAAAAGUAAAAUGGCAGCAACUGGAUUUUCUUUGCGGCACUCAAUUCCCAAUCUUCCUCCCAAUAACUUCUCCUUGAACUGCUCUAGAAAUGGCGGGCUGCGGCGGCGGGCAGGUGGAUGGAAGAAUCCGAGAGGAGCGGUGGCGGUGAGGUGCUGCACGGCGGUGGUGGAGGAGAAGAACCGGACGGUGACGCUGAAGAACGGCAACGAUUCUCUGGAUAUAUGUAGAAUCCUGAAUGGUAUGUGGCAGACUAGCGGUGGCUGGGGCAGAAUCGACCGAAACGACGCCGUUGAGGCUAUGCUCAAACACGCCGACGCCGGUCUCACCACUUUCGACAUGGCCGACCACUAUGGACCUGCAGAAGAUCUUUAUGGCAUCUUCAUCAACAAAGUACGCCGAGAGCGACCCCCAGAAUAUUUGGAAACUGUCAGAGGUCUUACCAAAUGGGUGCCACCACCAGUGAAGAUGACCGGCAGCUUUGUCCGACAGAACAUUGAUGUUUCGAGGAAAAGGAUGGAUGUUGCAUCUCUGGACAUGCUUCAGUUUCAUUGGUGGGACUACUCUAAUCCCGGGUACCUAGAUGCAUUGAAGCAUCUAACUGAUCUUAAAGAAGAAGGUAAGAUCAAGACUGUUGCUUUGACUAACUUUGACACGGAGAGGUUACAGAUAAUUUUGGAAAAUGGCAUCCCAAUUGUUAGCAAUCAGGUUCAGCAUUCUAUUGUUGACAUGCGUCCUCAACAGAAAAUGGCAGAGCUUUGUCAACUAUCUGGAGUUAAACUUAUAACGUAUGGAACUGUAAUGGGAGGGUUAUUAUCGGAGAAAUUCCUUGAUACCAACUUAAUGAUUCCAUUCGCUGGUCCUCCAUUGAACACUCCCUCGCUGCAGAAGUACAAAAGGAUGGUUGAUGCUUGGGGAGGAUGGAGCCUCUUCCAAGAGCUGCUUCAGACACUGAAAGCAGUAGCCAACAAACACGGGGUCUCCAUUUCAACGCUCGCUGUGAAAUACAUUCUAGACCAGCCAGCCGUGGCAGGAUCAAUGGUAGGCGUUAGGCUUGGCCUGUCGGAACAUGUCAAGGAUUCAAACGCUGUUUUCUCUCUCGUCCUGGAUGAAGAAGAUGUGGGUCGUAUCCAAGAUGUCACGAGGAAGGGAAGAGAUCUUCAGAAAGUGAUCGGGGACUGUGGAGACGAAUACAGACGUGGGUAGAGGUAUCAGAAAUUAUGUUUUGGCACAACGUAUUGUCUUCAUGAACAAAUGUUCUAUGGCAGAUACCUUCAUAUAUUGAGUUACAAGCCAUUGUUGUUCCAUGUCAAGGAUUGUAGAUUUGUAACCUACAAAACUAUAGUAUACCAUAGAUGGACUUUGCCACCUAUAUAUAUUUCAAGAGAGUUCGUAAAA